AUGUAAUCAGAACUUGAGAUUUAAGCAGUGAUAGGAUUUACAGGUAUUUAUAAUAUUUAUAAUAAAAGGAAAAAUAACUUAAGGAUUAGUUUUACAUCCAGAUAAUGAAGUAUAAUAUAUUAUAUUAGCUUAAAGCAUGUUAUUUAUCCAUUGGGUUCAACCAUCGUAGUUAGACAUAUAAUUACUAGAUAAUAAACAUUUUUAAGGUAUGGAUAAGUGAUAUAUUAAAUUAGAGGACAUGAUAAUUAGAUCUCUGUGAUAACAGUUUCUAGAAGUGGAGAUUAUGUAGCAUCUGGAUAAAAAACUUAUAUGGGAUUCUAAGCUGAUAUUAUAAUAUGGGAUUUCAAAGACAGAAGCAUGAUUCAUAGAUUAAAAUUACAUAAGGUGUUGAUUUAAUCACUAAGCUUCUCUUAUAAUGAAUUAUACUUGGCAUCAUUGGGUGGAAUUGAUGAUAAAAAUAUGUUGAUUGUUUGGGAUAUUAAAGCAGGAAAGGCAUUGUAUGGAACACCUAAUCGUGAUCCUGUAAAUUAAGUCUAAUUUUACAACUAAUCAGAUGAAAAAAUGAUAGCAGUUUUAAAUACUGGAGUAUAGAUUUUAACAAUAGAUAAAUAAAAUAAAAAGGUAUAAUAGAAGAUUAUAUAAAGAUUUAAUCUGUUGAUGUGAAUUUUGGAAAUGUUAAAAGAACCUUUAAUUGUGUUGCAAUAGAUAAAAAUGAUAAAUUUUGUUAUUGUGGAACAAAAACAGGAGAUGUAUUUGAAGUUUAAAUGGAUAUGGCCAUUUAUAAAAGAUUGGCACCAGUCAAGAAAUUAUUUUCAUAAGGAGUUAAUUGUUUAGGUCUAUUACAAAAUGGUGAUAUAAUAGUUGGAGCAGGAGAUGGUAUGAUUGCAAAAGUGUCAUUUUAAACAAUGUAAAUAGUGGCUAGUAGUGAAUUAUUAGGAGGUGUGACAUCUAUUUCAUUUACAAAUGAUUAGACUCACUUUUUUGCAGGAACUAGUCAAAGCAAUAUUUAUUGGUUGGAUACAGAAAAAUUAAUACCAGAAUUAAGAAAUACAUGUCAUUAUGAAAGAAUUAAUGAUGUAGCCUUCCCUCAUAAUUAUUCAGAUGUAUUUGCUACUAGUUCAUUAAAUGAUAUAAGAGUUUGGAAUGCUAAGAAUAGAUAAGAAUUACUUAGAAUUUAAGUUCCAAAUCUUGAAUGUUGGGCUGUUGCUUUUAUGAAUGAUGGUAAAAGUAUUGUAAGUGGUUGGAGUGAUGGAAAGAUUAGAGCCUUUUUACCAUAAUCAGGUAGAUUGCUAUAUGUAAUUAAUGAUGCACAUAUUCAUGGUUGUACGUCUUUGACUUGUACAUCUGAUUGUUAAAGAAUUAUUUCAGGUGGAUCAGAAGGAGAAGUCAGAGUAUGGGAAAUAGGAAAAUAAACUUAAGUUAUGAAAUCUUCAAUGAAAGAACAUAGAGGAAGAGUAUGGUCUAUUUAAGUUAGAAGAAAUAAUGAGUAAGCAGUUAGUGCUAGUGCAGAUGGAUCUUGUAUUAUUUGGGAUCUUAAAUCAUUUACCAGAGUUAUGUGUUUAUUUGAAAGUACCUUAUUCAAAAUGGUUUUGUAUCAUCCUGAAGAGAGUUAAUUAUUAACUACAGGAAGUGAUAGAAAAGUAUCUUAUCAUUUUAUAAAAGAUUACUUAUUGGGAAACCUUUGAUGGAUAAGCUAUCAGAAUGUUGGAUGGAUCUGAAGAGGGUGAAGUUAAUGCUUUAGCAAUUACUAAGGAAGGAGAGCAUUUUGUAUCAGGAGGAGAAGAUAAGGAAGUUAAAUUAUGGGGAUAUGAUGAAGGAAUCUGUUAUUUUAAAGGUUAAGGACAUUCGGGUACUAUAACAAGAGUAUUUUUUAAUUUUAAAUUAGAUUACUAUAAGUCCUGAUUAAAAAACUAUUAUAUCAGUUGGAGCAGAAGGAGCCAUAUUUAUAUGGAAAAUGCCUGAAUCUGUUAUAAACUCUAAAGCAUAAUAAGAAUUACCAACUGUUCAAAGCAUAAAAAAACAAAAUGAGUUUCAAUAAUAAUAAUAAUAAUAAUAAUAAUAAUAAUAAUAAUAAUAAUAAUAAUAAUAAUAAUAAUAAUAAGUACCUAAAGAUGCAUAAUCAUAAAAAUCAAAUCCAAAUGCUAAAUCAGUCAAAUCAGGAACCAAAUCAUCAAAAAAAUGA